AUGGUAACAGAAAAGAGAGCCAGACACCUGAGGAACUUGUUAGAAGGUAACACCCAGGUUAUCCUGAUGGUAUCCCUUAUUAUUAAAGAAAGAAUCCUUGGAAUGUACCACAGUGAGCUUCUCCAAUCAAUUAAACUUGUUUGCAAGCAGGGCAACCUCACUGAUCCUUCUGUACUAAUAGCAAUGUAUAGUCGUGCUGUGGAUAUAGCACAGAAAUCUAAUUUAUCUGCCCGUGAUGAUUUUUAAGAAAUAUGGUAUUUAUUGCAUGAAAUGUACAGGGGGAGUAAUCAUCUAAAAGAAAAGGAUUUGCUUGAAUUGCUGAGGCAAAUAGUUGUUGAGUAUGAGAAGCAACAUACGAAGAGAAAGAGAAAUGAUAACAAGCAAUACUGUCAAGAGCUGGUCCUGGAGGAUCUCUUCGACUGUUCACUUGAACUUGUGCUCAUGAUUUCAAAAUUUGAAUUUUGUGACGAGAGGAAUGCCUCAAGUUUGACCAUGUUGUUGAGGAAACUCUUCAUGCAGGAUCCUAGAAACAGAUCUGGAAAUACACUGUUACAUGAGUUCAUUGAAAGGUGCACAGAUGAUGAUGAUGAUUUAUUUCCUUGUCGUCAAGCAGUGAAUCUUCUUUUGAACGAAGGGUUCAAUGUCAAUGUUGUCAACGAUGAAGGAAACACUCCACUUCACAUAGCUGUCAUGUUAGAACCCAGGAAUGACAAACUUUAUCUUGUUACUGAAAUCCUGCAGCUUUUGUUUUAUGGAGGUGCUCAUCAUGAUUUUGUCAACAAUGAUGGUAAAACACCCAUGGACAUGGCUAAAACUGAUGAAGCUCGCAUGAUUCUUUCAGAGAGGAGAAAACUGGAGUUAAAGUGUAUCAGUGCCAAAGCUGUCAAAAAGUUUGGAAUUCCUUAUUUGGGUGUGGUACCAAAAACCCUGGAGAAUUACAUCAGCAGGCAUUAA